GAUGAGUACAUCACACUGAUAGGUCAGUUCUUUGGCGAGGUGGACCCUGUACUGAUGAUCAACCUUGUGAACACCUCCUUGUACUCGUUCAACAAGACCUACGACUACCAGUCCAUCUGUGACCCGGAGAAAGACGGCAAGGCUGCAACAGGACCCCGCUCCGUCUAUGUGCCCACCAUUGCCGACAUGCUCAGUAUUGGCUGGUGGGCCUCCAGUGCUGCCUGGUCUCUGCUCCAGCAGCUCUUCUUUGGUCUCAUGUUCCCCAACCUUCUGGAGGCAGCGGAGUUAGCGGAGAUGACAUACCAG